UCUACUGAAACGUGCAAGGUAGUCUGCUAAGUUAUUAUAGCUUGACACGGCAUAAACAAAACUUCUCAAUCAUUCAAAGUUUUCAAGAUUCCAGAAUGUUAAAACUAGUCCCAAUUCAGCUAGUGAUUCUUACAAUUCUUGUCUUGGCAAAUUUAUUUGUAGGCUCAAGUACUCGCACAAAAAAGUCUGCCUACUUGAUGUACGAAGACAGAGAUCUGAUGGUUCUUGAUGAACUUUUACAAGUUUACGACAGAAGAGUAACACCUACCCACCAUAUAAAUUUACCCACUACUGUUAAAUGUGAGCUCUACUUAAGAAGUAUAGGAGCUAUUAAUCCUGCCACUAUGGAUUACGAGGUAGACCUGUAUCUUCGUCAGACUUGGCAUGAUGAUCGCCUGCGCAGUAACAACUUGACCCGCCACUUAGAUCUGAACGACCCGAUCUUUGUGAAAAGGUUGUGGAGACCGGAUGUUUAUUUUCCAAAUGCUAAACACGGAGAAUUCCAAUAUGUAACAGUACCCAAUGUAUUACUGAGAGUUAGUCCUAAUGGCGAUAUCCUAUAUAUGCUUAGGCUGAAGCUUAUAUUUUCCUGCAUGAUGGAGAUGGAACGUUACCCGUUGGAUACUCAAGUCUGCGAUAUUGAACUGGCUUCUUUUUCUAAGACAGUCCAAGAAGUAGAACUGCAGUGGUUGAACGAAAAGUCAGUAACGAUGUAUACUGGCCUGAAACUUGCACAGUUUGAACUAGAGCAAGUAAGCCUGACGGUGUGUAAAGAGUCUUUCCAAAUUGGUGAAUACAGUUGUCUACGAGCUAGAUUUGAUCUUAAACGAUCCAUUGGCCAUUAUCUCGUUCAGUAUUAUCUUCCUUCAACCCUCAUUGUCUUCAUCUCCUGGGUAUCCUUUUGGCUCGAUGUCGAUGCCAUUCCUGCCCGCAUAACAUUAGGUGUUACAACUUUGCUGACUAUUUCGUCUGAGAGUAGCGACCAUCAAUCUAAUCUGGCACCUGUCUCAUAUGUCAAAGCUUUAGACGUCUGGAUGGGCACUUGCACGUUCUUCGUCUUCGCAGCUCUGAUAGAGUUUACCUUUGUUAGUUACUUGGCGAGGAAACGGGGAAACAUUCAGGAACUGAAAUUUGAAGGCAGUGAAGUCAAAGCCACUUUGAUUGUGCCUGUUUCAACCAUGCAAGAAGUUAUAACUCUACCCACUUCGACGAAUGUCAGAGAAAUUUCUUCAGUGAUAUUGUUGCCCGCCAGAAUGUAUUCCAAGAGAAUUGACAAGACAAGCAGAAUAAUUUUUCCACUUGGUUUUAUGAUUUUCAACGCUUUCUACUGGUUCUAUUACUUAUUUUAAUUUUUAACGUUUCAUUUUCCGCUGCGCACUUCUUUGAAGUAACAGCAUUGUAUUGAAAAAAAUAUGACAUUUCUAUUGUUCUAUUCUUCUUCAGAGCUUCUGUUAAAGACAUCGAUAUUUCGUAAAAGUACUAUGUAUUUCUAAACAAAACAAUUUGUGGACAAUACUUUACUUUAAAGUCUUGACCUACUUUCUAUAGAAAUGC